GGCUGGCUGGCUAGUAUUUGGCGGUGUGGUGUCUGUGCGGUCGGAUUGUGGUUGUGUUUCAGGUCUGGCCGUGUUGAUAACGACACAAUUCGGUCGCAUUUCAUCGCGUAGAGAUGGGAAUUCAGAAGAAAUGGCUCUGAGACACAUUGCCCUAACGCUGCUGGCCCUGCUCGGCUCUGUGGCCGUCGGUAAUGCGCUGCGUUGUAACUGCACAAACUGUGAGAAGUCAGGCUAUGAGUGCGAGACAGAUGGCGCUUGCAUGGCCUCCACAUACUACAACGAAGGGAAGGAGCAGCAUGUACGCAUCUGUAUCACUCGAGACAACCUGGUACCACCUGGACAACCUUUCUACUGUCUGAGUGCUGAGGGUCUGCUAAACACACAUUGCUGCUAUGAAGAUUACUGCAACAGUAUUGACCUGAAGGUCCCAGUUCCAACAAAAGAGGGGGACUGGUCCAGCUCAGGGAGCUCCUGGGGUCCAGUGGAGCUGGUGGCAGUCAUCGCGGGUCCAGUGUUCCUACUCUGUGUGCUGCUGAUGGUUGGUGUGUUCCUGUUUCAGUAUCACCAGAGGGCCUAUAGCCACAGACAGAGGCUGGAGGUAGAGGAUCCUUCAUGUGACCACCUUUACCUUGCCAAGGAUAAGACCCUUCAAGACCUCAUCUAUGACAUGUCCACCUCAGGAUCAGGCUCUGGUCUGCCCUUGUUUGUGCAGCGAACGGUGGCCAGGACCAUUGUGCUGCAGGAGAUAAUAGGAAAAGGUCGCUUUGGUGAGGUGUGGCGAGGGAAGUGGAGGGGAGGAGACGUGGCAGUGAAGAUCUUCUCAUCCAGAGAGGAGCGCUCCUGGUUUAGAGAGGCUGAGAUCUAUCAGACAAUCAUGCUGCGGCAUGAAAACAUCCUUGGAUUCAUCGCUGCAGACAAUAAGGACAAUGGCACAUGGACUCAGCUGUGGUUAGUGUCAGACUAUCAUGAACACGGCUCCCUCUUUGACUACCUAAACCGCUACUCCGUCACUAUCGAGGGCAUGAUCAAACUGGCACUGUCGGCUGCCAGCGGCCUGGCACACCUCCACAUGGAGAUCCUCGGCACUCAGGGUAAGCCGGGCAUUGCUCACCGUGACCUCAAGUCUAAAAAUAUCCUGGUUAAGAAGAACGGCAUGUGUGCCAUAGCUGACCUAGGCCUGGCAGUCCGCCAUGAGUCCAUCACAGACACAAUCGAUAUAGCACCAAACCAGCGUGUGGGCACUAAGAGAUAUAUGGCUCCAGAAGUCCUGGACGAAACCAUCAACAUGAAACACUUUGACUCUUUCAAAUGUGCUGAUAUUUACGCAUUGGGUCUGGUAUAUUGGGAGAUUGCACGUCGCUGCAAUGCAGGAGGUAUCCACGAGGAGUACCAGCUGCCCUACUAUGACCUGGUGCCCUCUGACCCCUCUAUAGAAGAAAUGAGGAAGGUGGUGUGCGACCAGAAACUCAGGCCCAAUGUGCCCAACUGGUGGCAGAGCUACGAGUCCCUGCGUGUGAUGGGGAAGAUCAUGAGGGAGUGCUGGUAUGCCAACGGAGCGGCCAGAUUGACGGCCCUGCGCAUCAAAAAGACCCUGUCUCAGCUCAGCGUGGAGGAGGAUGUCAAGAUGUGAGAGCAGAAAAGACAAAAAGACGCGCUGGAGACGCACAAAGCAGACCACACUCCCAUAGGAAACAAACACUAAAGACAAAGACUGCAAACAAAAAACCCUGCCAGUUUUAAAGCCACACUCCGAGUUGUGACUAGGCCUACCUCACCUUUUUAGCCAAAACUACUGAGAAACAUCCUCCCCCUACUUUCUUAACUUUUCUCUCCUCCCCCUUCGUUCCCCCGUGUGUCCCUCUCCUUUUACUGUCCUUCCUCCAUGGGCCACAACACUUCAGCACUACCACUGUUAAUACCAUCACACUAAACCUUUUUGUUUGCAUUUCCCAUGGCAGGAAGAACUGCUUCUGUACAGUGACAGGAUAUUUUUUGUUUGAACUGUUUUUUUUACCUCUUUGAAAUAUGUUCAACCGUGUCCAUCAAAGUCCAGAACUUUAAGCUAAAAAAGAAUUGGCCAUGAAAAGUCAUCUUCUGUUGCUGUGAGAGGAGAAGAGGGUGAAAUGUGCCAGAACUUCUAGCAUGUUGGUAGAAGUUACGGCUUGUUUAACAGAAUCAGGGAUUAGAAUUUGGUGUUGAAGCAUUAAAACCAGAUUUAGCUUGUUGAAUCUCCUCCAAACAGAAAUGAGUUGCACUCAACUGUAGCUUUGUGAGACCUGCAGGUAAAACCCACAACAGGUGUGGUCUAGUCCUGGUAUUAGUUUGAAAUGUGGCAGGGAUAUGAAAUAAUGUUUGGGAUGGUUUUAUUUAUUUGUUGUUUGUUUUUAUUUCAUGUUGAUGAACACUGUGAGAUGAGAUGUGAAAAGCCAGAUUCCUGAUUUAAAAGUAGUCAUAGUUCAGUCGUGUCUUCACCAUCUUUCAGGUUUUAAAUCAAAGGGGGCUGCUGCAUCCAUUUAAUAAGAUACUGAGUGCUAAAGUGGAUGCAGCUGUGGCGCCCUCUGCUGGUGACAGGCUAUGAUAUCAUGUACACUGAGCAAAUAAGAGGCGUAUGAAAUGGCAAUGAAAAUUACUGUUGUUUUUUAAAUGUAUUUUUAUGUAAAGAUGUCAUGAUGGGUGUUUGCUUUUUGACUCUGACAUUAGACACUACUGAUGAUUGGUACAGUUAUGAUUUGUACAUAAAAACAUGCAUUUUUUUUCUCUUUUAUGCAGAAAGAACCAGUGUGACAUUGAACAGUGAUUAUUGCUUGAACGGUACUUGCAAAGGUCUGUUGUUUUGAUCAGUCUGCAUUGUUUAAAACCCUGCCAGGAAAUAGACUGUGUCAUCUGCUGGAUUUUGUUCUUAACUUGCUUCUCUCAUGGCGAUUUGGCGGUACUACUGAUCUCGUUUGAUUUAAUGCAACUUCUGUUCUUUUUAAUGUUUUUUUUUUUUUGUUGAGUUCUUGUCAGAGCUCAUUAAUGCAGAUCUGUUUCUACAUACUGAAUGUCCUAUGGGCCGGCAUCUCUCUCAAUGACACUGGAAUAUUUUAAGAGCAUCAUGCAACCUUGAAUCGUGAUGCUGCCGACAGCUGUGCAGAGAUAAAAGACAGCUGUGACAGCUCACACAGUUAGAUGUGAAAGUAGUUGAGAUGUUUUACCUACAGAGACUGACAUGCUGUAAAGUGAAACUGCAUGUUUUCAUUCUACGUUGUUGUCUGCAGGUCUGAGACUGCAGAUCAAACUAUGAAAGUAUUACACUGACAUUUGUCACCGUUGGGCUCUGCACUGUUAUGUCCACAUGGACUUUAGUUAAUGUUAGUUCUGUCAUUAAUGAUCCAGACUCCAUGUGUCAUGUUAGUAUCCAUUUUGCAUGCUGUCUCAAACACUGGGUCCUCUGCACAGAGGUAGAGAAAUUAGAGAUUUCCCUGUUCCUACAAGUCCUUUUCUUUUGGGUUGUUGGCUGUGUAUCCCAGAAAUGUUGCUGCUACUAAUAAUAUGGGUAGAUACUCGGCAAGCAGAGUGAGCAGAGGAGAAUUUGGGUGGGUGGGGGGUUUGUCAGUUGAACCAAAAUUGUCCAUACACUCCUCUCCAUGUAUGAAUUGUCGCCAUGGGUAUAUGAUCAUCAGACAUCCUGUUCAUGAGUUCAACUUCAAGAUUUCAAAUCAUGUUGUGAAAAUCUUUUCAAAAUACAUUGAAAAGUGUAUAUAGAUGAUAUACAAUAAAUUCCUCUUUUUCUUA